ACUCAGUCUGCCCUCGAGCCCACCAGGAACGAAAGAGAGCUCCAUCUGCCCUCCAGGAACCCAGCUAUGAACUCCCUCUUCACAAGCGCCUUCAGUCCACUCGCUGUCUCCCUGGGGCUGCUCCUGGUGAUGGCUUCUGCUUUUCCUACCCCGGGUCCCCUGGGAGAAGAUUUCAAAAAUGACAACACCCCAAACAGACUACUUCUGACCACUCCAGACAAAACCGAAGCUCUCAUUAAGCACAUCGUCGACAAAAUCUCUGCAAUGAGAAAGGAGAUAUGUGAGAAGAAUGACAAGUGUGAAAACAGCAAGGAGACACUGGCAGAAAAUAACCUGAAUCUUCCAAAAAUGGAGGAAAAAGACGGAUGCUUCCAGUCUGGAUUCAAUCAGGAGACUUGCUUGAUCAGAAGCACUGUUGGUCUUCUGGAGUAUCAGGCAUACCUGGACUACCUCCAGAAUGAGUAUGAGGGAGAUGAGGAAAAUAUCAAGGAUUUGCAGAGCAGCGUCAGAACACUGCUCCAGAUCAUGAGGCAAAAGAGCAUAGAUCUAGUAACCACUCCAACCGCAAACCUGGACCUGCUGGAGAAGAUGCAGUCCUCAAACGAGUGGGUAAAGAACGCAAAGAUUAUCCUCAUCCUGAGAAGCCUUGAGAAUUUCCUGCAGUUCAGCCUGAGAGCUAUUCGGAUGAAGUAGCUGGGGCUCCCAUGAUUGUGGUAGUUCCUGGGCAUUCCCUCCUCUGGUCAGAAACCUGUCCACUGGGCACAUAACUUAUGUUGUUCUCUAUGAAGAACUAAAAGUAUGAGCGUUAGGACACUAUUUUAUCUUUAAUUUAUUGAUAUUUAAAUAUGUGAUAUUGAGUUAAUUUAUAUACAUGAUAGGUAUUUAUAUUUUUAUGAAGUGCCACUUGAAAUAUUUUAUGUAUUUGGUUUGAAAAAGUAACGUAAAAGUGGCUGUGCGGCUUGAAUGUUUUUGAAUAUUGUUUUGGAGCCAAAUCAUUUCUUGAAAUGUGUAGGCUUACCUCAAAAAAUUUGCUAACUUAUGCAUAUUUUUAAAGGCAUAUUUAUAUUGUAUUUAUAUAAUGUUUAAGCUCUUUUUAUGCCAAUAAACUUCUUUUUUAAAGAAAAAAAAA